AUGUCACCUGGGUCGUUGGCUGUUUUGGCUUUAGAUUUAUCAAUCAGAUGCUGCCAACUAACACGUCCCGGAUUGGACAAAGGCAAUGCAGAGUGCAGAAAGAGCCUCAAUUUGCCAACCAACCGAAAAUUUAACUUUGCCGAGCUCUACACGAUUAACAUGUGCAUUGAGGAGUGCAACUUCAUUGGCUCCGGCUACAUUGAAAUCGAUCCACCCUAUCGCCUGGAUCUGGCCAACAUCCGCAUCAACCUGAAGGGCUUUGCACCCCAGCCGCAGGAGAAAUCGAUUCCCUUCCUGAUCGAUGCCUAUCAGAAAUGCCACAUUUUCCGAUCGUCACACGGCAAUCGAUUCACCCUCCAUCUGCCGGAUAUUGAUUUCAUCGAGGAGCCCUGCAACCCCUUCUCCAUGCAGAUUACCAUAUGUCUCCGCAUCCACGCCAUGCAAAAGUGUCCCGGCCAAUUCUUUGUGGACAGCGAAGAGUGUCGGUUGGCCAGGGAAUACUUCACCCAGUGCGUCGGGGACAUCGAGACCAAUCUCGCCUAG